AUGCCCCAAAGAGCAGCUAUUCUGAUUGGCAGUGUCCUAUUUCUGCUGUCAGCCAGUCAGUCGGUCGCUGAGGAGAAGGCAGCAGCCACUGAUAAGCUGGUGGUGGUCACCGUGGCCACGCACAUCACCGAUGGCUUUCAGCGUUUCAACCGAUCCGUCCACCUCUACGGACUGAAGCUCGAGGUCCUAGGCCUGCACCAGGAGUGGAAGGGCGGCGACAUCGCCCGCCUGCCGGGCGGUGGCCAGAAGAUUCGCCUCCUGAAGAAGUACCUCAAAAGUGUCAGCACCCAAUCCGACCUGGUGGUCCUCUUCACCGACAGCUACGAUGUGAUCAUGAGCGCCCCCGGUGGCCCUGAGGAGAUCCUGGCCCGGUUUCGAGCCUUUGAGCCCGCCCGGGUGGUCUUCUCCUCGGAGAAGUACUGCUGGCCAGACCCGAAGUUGGCGAGCGAGUAUCCCAAGUCGGAUGGAAAGCGGUACCUCAACUCAGGAGCAUUCAUCGGCUACGCCCCCGACCUCUACGCCAUCGUCUCUGAGCGCCCGGUGGAGGACACCGACGACGACCAGCUCUACUACACCAAGGUCUACCUGAACGCCGACCUCCGCUCCAAGCACUCCAUCCGCCUGGACCUCCUUUCGGAGCUGUUCCAAAAUCUGAACGGCGCCAUCGACGACGUGGAGAUUCGCUUCUCGCAGGGCCCGAAGAUUGACGAGUCCACGGCGGACGCCUUCCUCUUCAACCGCGCCACCAACAGCCAGCCGCUGGUCGUGCACGGCAACGGCAACAGCAAAGUGCCGCUGAACUCGCUGGGCAAUUACCUCGCCAAGUCUUGGCACCCCGCCACGGGUUGUCUCACCUGUGAACAGGAUGAAAAGGACAUCGAACACAAAAAGUCCUCUCAAAACCUCGUCGAGGGUGAAGAGGAGGUGGUGGAGAUUGCCAGCAGCUACCCGCACGUUCUGAUCGCCGUCAACGUCCUCAAGCCGACGCCCUUCUUUGCGGAGUUCCUCGAGGAUAUUACGCUGCUCGACUAUCCCAAGGGCCGCAUCACCCUCUUCAUUCAGUCGCUGGUGGAGUUGCACUCCGCCGAGGUGGAGCAGUUCAUCGACGACUACAAGUCCUACUACCGCUCCAUCCGCUACAUUACCAAUGAGAAGGAGGUGGAGUGGCAGCUAAGGAAUCGGUACCUAGACGAGGUCGUCCGCGUCGGCGCCGACUAUUUAUUCGUCUGGGACAGCGAGGCGCGCAUCACCAAUGCGCGGACGCUGCAGAUACUGAUGCAGUACAAUCGAACCGUCGUCGCCCCCCUGCUCACCCGUCCCAAUGAACUGUGGUCGAACUUCUGGGGCGCACUGACGCACGAUGGCUUCUACGCGCGCUCCACUGACUACAUUCAAAUUGUGAAGAAUGAACGAAGAGGCCUCUGGAACGUCCCUCACAUCUCCAGCGCCUACCUGGUGAACGCCUCGCUCUUUGACGAAAAUUCAGUCAACCGAGCAUACAACUUUCGCCCCCUCUCCUACCACGACCCGAAUGCGCCUGAAAAGCCAAAAAAUACUGACAAAGAAUCAGCACCCGAGGUUGACCCGGACAUGCACUUCUGCCGACUGCUACGGGAAAACGGCGUCUUCAUGUACGUCAGCAAUCUGCCGGACAAUUUCGGCCACCUCGCCCGCCUGGAGACGUACGAUCUGUCACGGCGCCACCCUGACUUCUAUGAGAUCUACUCGAAUGAGAUUGACUGGCGACGGCGGUACAUUCACCCGAACUACUCCGCCGCCCUCCUCAAUGAGAGCAUCAUCGAGCAGCCCUGUCCGGAUGUCUAUUGGUUCCCGGUAGGGUCGCCGGCCUUCUGUCAGCACCUCAUUGAAAUCAUGGAGCACUUUGGGCAGUGGUCGGGCGGCAAAAACUACGAUCCUCGGCUGGAGGGCGGCUACGAGAACGUGCCCACGCGUGACAUUCACAUGAAUCAGGUGGGCCUCGACCAGCAGUGGCUCUACUUCCUCCGGCAGUACAUUCGACCGAUGCAGGAGAAGCUCUUUACCGGCUAUGUUCAUGAUCCACCCCGAGCCACCAUGAACUUCGUCGUGCGCUAUCACCCGAACGAGCAGGCAAACCUCCGCCCCCACCACGACUCCUCUACCUACACCAUAAACAUUGCCCUGAACCGACCCAAAAUCGACUACCAGGGCGGUGGGUGUCGCUUCCUCCGCUACAACUGCUCGCUGACCAACCUGAGGCUGGGCUGGUCGCUCAUUCACCCGGGCCGGCUGACGCACUACCACGAGGGCCUGACGGUCACCAGCGGCGUCCGCUACAUCAUGGUCUCAUUUGUGGACCCGUAG